AGCUUGUUUCACAUCUUUCAACCCGCCGCUCUCAACACACUUUGUCCCUUUUGACCCACUGCGUUGACUCAGUGUCGUUUUUUUUUUUAAAUUUAUAUUUAUGGGCAUUCAGUGGCGUUGCGCUGCUGAGCACGAAUUGUCUCUGGCUUGUUUCUCGCGACCGCAGCGGACAAGUUUCGAUGGCAGCGGAAUGCAAAAACGCUUGUGCAGCGUGCUUUGGUGGCACGACCCCAGGCGGUCAAGAUUAAUUCAUAGCCCUCCACUACAGCGUCUCUCCUACCCCACUGUGCAGUUUCGGUACUUUAAACCUCACAAUUUAUAUUUAGUCUAUUUUGAGUUACGCGCCGAAAGUUGUGCUUCCCGGCAUGCGUUGCUACUCUUGGCAGGUUGUUAGGGGUGGUUGGUCAACAACCGCCAAACUGCAGACCACGUUGGCCUCGUUUGAAAAGCUCCCGGCAACACUGUGCACUUUGUCACGUGUCUUUAGUACACCUGCCGCUCCGGAUUUGAUCCAACUUCAGGUGCGCUCCCGCUGCUCCUACGCGCUCCUCCGCAUCUUCACGUGUGUAAUAACUAGUACGUCUGUCAGCGGCAGAUAAUAAAUAGUCACACGUUCCCGCUUCACUCGUAACGUUGACAAAAAAACAACAACUGAAGUUCCUGCUUUGGUGCUUGAUAAUGAGAUACCUUUCGCUCAUGUUCCUGGGUUAUUGGCUUUCCCUUCUGUCAUUAGUAGGCGUGGUGAGCGCUUCGGCAAGAGGCGAAGGCGACAAACUCGAACCACCGACUGUGCUCGUUGCUGUCAUACUGAGAAAUAAGGCGCACGUGUUGCCUUACUUCUUCGGUUACCUGGAGCAACAAAGCUACCCCAAAUCAAGGAUAAGUUUAUGGAUUUACACAGACCAUAAUGUGGACCAGACACCUGAAAUGGUUGACACCUGGGCAGAAGCAGUGUCCAGCGAGUAUCACAAUGUCAACAUAACCAGUGAAGAUGGUGAUGCAUUCUUUCCUGAUGAAGAAGGCUCGCAGAAGUGGACAGCACAACGCUAUUGGCAUGUCAUACGGCUACGCGAAGAGGCGAUCCAGGUUGCCCGUACACUGUGGGCUGAUUUUAUCUUUUUUCUUGAUGGUGAUGCCUUGCUGUCAAACCCCAAAACAAUACAAGACCUAGUUGAGGAGAACAGAACUAUCAUUGCUCCAAUGCUGGACUCCCGCAGUGCAUACUCAAAUUUCUGGUGUGGCAUGAAUGAAAAGGGAUACUACGAGCGCACAGAUGAGUACAUGCCAAUACUUGAGAAAGAAAAGGUUGGUGUUUUUCCUGUGGUGAUGGUCCAUUCUGCGACGCUGAUAAACCUGAACCACGCUGACUCCCGCAAGUUGACUUAUCACCCAGAAAAGCUAGAAGGCUACACGGGACCAAUUGAUGAUGUUAUCACCUUUGCACACUCAGCCAAAUUUGCAGCAGUUGAGAUGUUCAUUAGCAACAAGGACCAGUAUGGCCAUAUUCUGGCUCCCACCGAGUCGCCGGCACGCGAGGCAGAGGAACUGUUAAACCUCAAGCUGGAUGUCACAGUGGAUGGUGAGCCCCUGCUGAUUUCGCCAGCUCUACAGUCCUUUAUGGUGCCCCUAAGGAAGGACACUCUUGGCUUUGAUCAGGUCUACCUCAUCAACCUGGAGCGUCGGCCAGAACGGCGCAAGCGCAUGGAGUACUGCUUUGAGGAGCUUGGCGUCGCCUUCAAGUUCAUCGCUGCUGUCGACGGAAAGAGCAGCGUUUUCUGCCGCUCCUUUUAUUAUCUCUUUCAGAGACAAGCUAACCCACGACCACCAGCGAAGCAGGUAAUAGAGAGGUGCUGUGCACGCCUUUGACGCACGGCCGUGUCACCAGCCUUGUACGCAGCACUCCUUUAUGAGUGCUGCUACACCUUCGCUCGUUGCCGCACCCACACGCCUUACCCCCUCGCCCUUUGAGAAGAACCCUACCUAUGUACCGAGGAAAGCAUGUGUGGCCUUGAAAAAGACAAGUCCGCUUGUCGAAAUGUUGGCUGCCGCUUCUACAUUGUUCUCGUUUUGCUCACCCUCCGGAUUGGCGGACGUGACGUCACCCGUUUCCUAACGCCUGAUGGGGGGAAGGCGACUGGACCAUGACCACGCAGGGCUAAAAGAAGAGAGACGGACGCUUGGAGAGAUCGGCUGCUGGAACUUCUUAAUGAACUUAUUUUUCUGUACUUCUUGAAAAACUCUUGUAAAGAUGUAAUAUAAACGUGUGUGUAAAACCGUCUUGGAUAGCGGGCCCAGCCCCACGUUCCCUUGAUCCUUCAUGCUGAAUGGAUACCACAAAUCUUCGGACCCCCGGUCGCAACAGCACCAAUACGUAGGCGGCUAGAUAGAUAGAUACUAAGUGGCAAAUGUUCGCGAGGAAAUGCUUCGCAUUUAAAACACUUCAAGAAAU